GGCUUAUUCUUGAGGUUCAAAGGACGAAAUACAAACAGUAAUAUUGGACAUGAGUGAGAGUGAAAGCUCGGAAAGUGAGCCAGAGUUUGAGAGUAUCAUAGCAACAAGAGCACGUCGGUCCAAUGCAGGUUCACGACUUCGACAACUUUUGGAUUUAGAAGAGACAAACAAUGGGCCUGUUUCUAUCAAUGACGACGAUGAAAACGUGAACCUACUUUUUAUGGAAGACGAAGAUGACGGAGAAUUUCAGGAUUCCGAAGAUGAGGAGCAAAAGGAUGGCGAUGAAGACGAAGAUGAAGACGAAGAAGAAGAGGUUGAUGUCGAAGCAGAACUGAAUAAAACGCCAAGAGAGAAGAAAAAGACUACUAAUGAUUCCGGUAAUACAAGCGAAGAAGAGAAGGACUUGCCUAAUGUUGAUGCAGAUGAGAUGCUGUCAGACUCGGACAUCAGUGCCUCUGAUGAUGAUGAGUCUGAAGGAGAGAAAGAAUUACAAAAACAAGAACAGUUGAAUAGACGUCGAAAAAGAAAGGCAAGUUUGCCUGCUGUUCUUCAGAAAAAGAAACCUAAAGUCGCUUCCUCAAAAGAUUCUACCAAAGCAGCUUCCAAGCUUGCAACAAAAUCUCACAGAUCGAAUAUUUUCGAUUCUGUGCCAAUAGCACCUUAUGAAAGACGACAUUCUGCACGUAGAACGACAUUACAAAAUAGUAUGGCUACUCAUGAAAAAAUGGAAAAAGAAUAUGAAAAAAGGCAGACGCAAGCACCUGUUGUUAGCAAAGAGUACGUGGAAAAAACCUUGGAGGAACGACUCGAGGAAGCUAAAAUCACAGAGAAAGAGAACACUUUGUCCUUAACAAGGUUUUAUGAACAGGAGAUACAGAAGAAAAAGAAGCAAAGAGAUUUGGCCAAUUCCAGGAAGUUCAAAAUGAGAAACUUCAUACGAUUUUGGAGUACUGGUAUUUUUAUAACACCUUUGGAUGAAGUGCGACUGAUCGAGGAAGAAGAACGAAGGCUAAAGGAAGAAGAGGAAAAUAAAAAUAGAAGGAAGCUACAGUAUUUGAAACGAAAGCAGGCACGAUUGGCCAAAACCGGGAGCUCUUCGCCAAUCAAAACAAACACAAAGGAACAAUCAGAAAUUGAUUUAAUGGCCAACAAGAUCAAAGAUGACGAGGAUAAAAAGGUGACUUCCGCAAUUGAACUCAAGCAAGAAACAGAGGUUAAUCCAGUAAAAAAAGAAGAGAUUACGACAGCAGAAUCAGUAGAUGAGAAUACUCCAACUAAUGCAGUGCAAUUUAGCGAGGUUUCGAUUCCUUUGACUGAUGAACAAAAGAUUAGUAAUGAUGCCGAGAGCAAUCCAGUUGACACUACAGAGAAAAAAUUCAAAGAGGUAGAAUUAGAAACAACCGAUAUACCGCUAAAAGAAUUAUCCUUGGGGGGCUCUUUCGAUGAGAGCAUGAAGGAAACUAGCACUCUAGAAGGCGUUAAAAGAGAGGGAAAUGGCAAAACUGACAAUGAGGAUGAGAAUACCCAAGAGGAUAAUGUCAAUGAAAGUGAGGUGAUAUGCGAUACUCCAAAGCUCCAAUUUGAGGGUCCAGCACAGCAUGUCGCUCGUAACUAUGUAAUAUUUGAGGAGUUUGACCACGAUGUUACUUCGGAUGGGGUCAAAAGGUACUUAUUUGGACAGCAGGCUGCCAUCAAAGGUACGCAUCAUGAUCCUCAGUACGAAACCCUAUGCGUUAUCAAACAAGACGAAUCUUCCAACAUUGAUUUGCAUAAGAUUCAAGCUAUGCGGGAAGAGUCAUUCAAAUCCUUGAUUCAGCUUCCUAAAUUUGGCGAGAAGAUUACGGCUAUUGACGAUGGUAAUGGACAACUUGAGGAAGACGAAAAUGAAGUUGUUCAAAUUCAUACACCUGCCCCGGUGGGGAUCCAUUUGCCCAAUGGUCAAAAGAAAAUCUGUCCUACGAGUGGUUUACCUGCGAUGUAUUACGAUCCAACCAAUGGCGUGCCUUACGCUACAGUCGACGCAUUUCGUGUUUUGAAGAGCAUUGUAGAGGGUGACUAUGAAUGGCUCCAGUUAGAUCACGGUGGAAUAAAUUCACGUUUCAAAGGUGGAAUUGGCUGUUAUAUAAGUAAGAAGAACCAGCGUCAUGCAGCAGGUGUUCCUGAAGGUUUCUCUUGAGUUAGAUAGAUAUAUCACUUAGUUGUUAACAAUUUGUAUGUCUUUCGGUUUGUACUAUAAAUCUAUAAUUACG